AAUACAAAUUUAAAACAAAAAAAAACUGUGCUAAUUUAGUGUAAAAUAGACAACGAUUUAAUGUGCCGAUUAUAUCGCGACUGGAGCCAUGUGCAGAGUCGAGGACUCUAAGGAACAGCGUCCCAGUCAAAGAUCUAGCCAAAGCGAAGCCAAUAGAAGUAUUUGAAGCUGAAACUGUUUUCGAGGAUUGAGGCAUGCCACCAAAGCGAAGACGUCGAUUUCAUGGCCUUUAUUACCAUUCAUCGCCGCCAAAGGUUAUGCCAAUGAACGGACAGGCGGCGGGCCCCAAUGGCGUUAAGCGGCGUGAGAACGAUGAUUUCUCGGUGAAGCUAUCGACCAUUCGAAUCUGGAUACACGAAAAGGACAUUGCCAAGCUGACACGCAUUCUGUGGGCGGGCCAGGGACAACGUCUCUGCCAGCAGGCCAGCAACAAUGGGCGUGUUAAGCGAUUCCUCGCCGCUGUGCCCCAUGUCAUGAAUGCUAGCAAGGAUCUGCAUCAGGCGGUGAUUGACAACAAUCUGGAGACACUGCAAUCGCAGCUGGAGCCUCCGGUGCCCGCUGCGCUCGUGACAGCCAAGGAUGGCAACGGUUUGAAUGUCAUACACAAGGCCGCGGGCCUCGGACAUACGAAGAUCUUGGAGUAUCUCAUCGGGCUGUGGCCGGAGGGGGCACAUGAGAUCGAUAUUACGGGCAAGACACCGCUGCAUUGGGCUGCCAGUGCCAAGAACAAUAUGCGCUGCUAUACGCUGCUCACACAGGCUGGCUGCGAUGAGGAGGCCUUGGAUUACAAAAUGAAGACGCCCGUCUACUAUCGCCACAAGCCGCACGAAAUCGAGCGAGCGUUCCUUGUCUAUGUGCCCGAGGCGCCGCGCAUCUCCCCCGACAGCGUCACCGACUGGGAGGCUCUCAGCGAUGAGGGUAACGACAGCAGCGUUGGCGGCGACGCCAGUCGAAGCAGCAGCAAACAGAGCAAGAAGUUGAACAUUAAACCGACGGCCGCUGUAAAUGGUCGUAAAUCGUUGGAUGACAGUGCCGAGAACACCUCGGAAUUGGACACGAAUGAUGGUACAAGUGCCAAUGAGGAUGAUGAUUUGUCCAAGGCGGAUGCGGAAGUGGAACCGUUGCCAUCGCAGAAGCGUCGACCGGAAACGCCAGCUGCAUUGGCCGCUGCUGGCGAUGCCAGCGAUGCAGCCGAUGCUGGCGAUACCGAGAGCGAAGCUGAGAAUAUUGCAAGAGCUGUAAGCGAUGAUGAUAAGAUUGAGGCAGAGCCAGCAGCUGAGGAGAACCCAACGGAGGCGGAAGCGGAGACGGAGACAGAGAUGGAGAAUGGCACAGCAACUGAAGAGGCCGAAGAGACAAACGGAUUGAAUGAGAUUGAUGACAAUGUUGAUGAUGUUGAUGCUGAGAGUGAGCAAAAUGCAACUGAAAAGACUGAAGCAAUUGAGAACGAUGUGGAAACAGUAGCCGAGGCAGAAACCGAACCCGAAUCGGAACCAGAACCUGAGAUUGAAAAAGAAAAGCAAGCGGAGACGGAAGCAGAAGUGCAGCUGACAAACGGCGACGAAGCUGAGGAAAAUGUGGAACAAGAGAAAGCUGCUGAUGACGAGGAUGAAGAGGACGAUGAUGAGGAUGUGAUAGCGCCGACGCCAAGCGGAAGCCAACAACAAGAGCAGCAAGAGCAGCAACAAGCGAAGCAACAGGAGCAGCAACCGGUCGAACUGGAUCAGGAUCUAGUGCCGGACAAUGAUGGUGGCGACUCGCUAACCUCCUCGCUGGCCAUUGAGGGCUUUGUCCAAGGCGCCUCCGAGGAUUAUACAGUUCAGUCUCAAACUGCAGCUUAUGAAGUCGAUGAAGAUGCGCGACUGCAGGAGAUUAUUGAGUCCGGCGACAUGGAGCAGUUAGCGGAGAUUGUGCUGAAUGGCGAGGGCGGACGUUUGCUUAGUCUGAAGUCCAAGGAGCCUGAAAUCCAAGCAUUUCUCAACAAUGUCCCCAGCUAUAUGGAGAAAAUCCAUCGCGUGCAUGACGCGGCACGUGACGGCAGUUUGUUGGCGUUGCAGCAGGCUUUGGAUCGCCGGAAGUUUGCCAUUGCCAAGAACGACAUAUCGCCAAAUGGUGCAACACCGUUGCACGUUGCCGUUCUCUUUGGACACAGCGAUAUUGUACGCUAUUUGGCUUCGCGCUUUCCGGAGACCAUGGAAAUUACGGAUAAUGACGGACGCACGGCGCUCCACUAUGCGGCCACAAUUAAGGACAAUGGCCACUUCUACAACGUCCUGUCGCAGCUGGGCGCCAAUCCAAAGGCUGUGGACAAGCUGGGACACACGCCAGAGUUCUAUGUGGAUAUGGAUAAAUCCAAGGAUGUUCUCACCUACUCGGAGCUCUUGACCAUUUUUGGGGCCGAGGAAAUGGAGAACCAGUUGCUCAGCGAUCAAGUUCCCGAUGAUCUGCACAGCGCACGACGCGAGCUGCAGGAUGGCGAAAUCGCGCGGACUUUGGAACGUUGCUUCAGCGUCAUCACGGAAUCGGGCAAACUCUUGAGCGGAUCCCGAGCCUCGGCUUUAUCGCAUCGCAAGCCAUUGAGCGCCUCGGCCUUGCAGCUAUCGGUUACCAGCUAUUUGAGCCGCUUUUUAAAGCGUGCUGUCUACGAUAAGAUCAAGCGACGACAGACGCGACUCGAUCACAAUCUCUUCGAUGUGUUGUGGCCGGCGAUGAGGAAGACAUCGAAGUUGCGCCACCUGGAGGAGGAUAUCAAUUGUGGCAUUAUUGCGCCCGAUUUCGAUGUGUUUGUGGUGUUCCAGGAGUUUCUGGUGCCAUUUCUCAAGGACAUGCAUUGCCUGAACAUCGAUGCCGACUUCAAGCCGCAUCCACGACUCGCCUACUUUCCCAUGGACAAUGGCGAGCGUCUCAAUACGGCGGCAUUUGUCUUUGACGAUGAAUCGCAGCUGGUCACGCGCUGCAUUGUGGAGGCAUCGCGUAAUCUGGAUCAACUGGAGCUGCCGCUCAACCUCACAAUUGGCCAGAUCGAGCAGGCCGAGCGUGUCAUGAUGAGCAAAAUAUUCACGGCCAACUUUGCCGAGGCCAUUGGCGAAACCGAGUCGGGCAGCUAUUACACUUUGACAGAGCUAAUGGAGCCCGACUCUGAGGUGGCCAGCAUGCUGAACAAUCUGGGUCUAAUGAUACCCGUGCUAGAUACGACCGAUCAAGUGCAGGCUGCCGAGUCCACAGCUUUCAAUGGCGCCCUUUGGCCUUAUGGUCGCGGUGUCUACAUUAAUUCGGCACAGAAUAUGGCGCUGUGGCUGAAUUGCUUGGAGCACCUGCGCGUCAUCUCGUCCAGCAGUAGCAAGGAGCCGGCGGAUAUGGGCGCUGCUUACACUCGAGUGGGUCGAGCCAUUUCCUAUCUGGAGACACAGCUGCACUUCAAGGAGAGCUAUCUGCUGGGCUAUCUGCAAUCCCGUCCGGCUUUUCUUGGCACUGGCCUCAAAAUGACGACAAUCGUGAAGCUGCCAAAUCUGAUGAAGGAAAUGGAUAAUCUGCGGCAUCUGUGUUCGGUGCGAGGACUUAGCAUGGUGACGAAUCGUUUGUCCAAGUUGACUGUGCGUCUGAUCAACAUGCAGAGCAUGGGAAUUGUGGAGUAUGUGCUGUUCCAGGAUUAUUGCACGGCUGUUACCAAUAUCUUGUCGUUGGAGAAGGAUAUGUCGCUGACAAAUUCUAAGCAUAUUGCCACGAUGCUGGUGAAGAUCUUUAAGCGCAAGAAGAACAGCUUGAUCGACCGCAACUGAUCGCAGAUACAAGAU